AUGCCACCCGCCUGGGACGGAGGAGCGUCCUCCAGCGCGAGUCUGCGUGAGAAUGUGGCCGUGUGUGUUCGGACGCGCCCACUCUCUGGCGAUGAGGAGUGUACGAUUUGGCGGCUCGACAAGGGCCAGUGCAGUGUGACGCCCACCGAGCAGCACCCCGCGCUAGCCCGCCGCGGAGGCAAGAGCAUGCAAACCAACGACGACGACGACAGCAGUGGACUCUCAACCUACGACUUUCGUUUUGAUAAUCUUGUGUUGGGUGAUGAGAACACGAGCGCCCUGUACAGUGAGAACGUGUACCCAGUCGUGCGGGCCGCCAUGGACGGAUACAACGGUACGGUCUUUGCGUACGGCCAGACCGGGAGCGGCAAGACCUACACGAUGAGCGGCACGCCUGACGAGCCGGGUGUAAUUCCGUGCGCUGUGAAUGAUGUGUUUUUAAUGAUUCGUGAUGCGCCCAAGCGCGAGUUUCUGCUGCGUGUGUCGUACCUGGAGAUCUACAACGAGACACUCCGGGACCUGUUGGCAGACCCUAAAAAACGCGAGAAAGCCCCGCGCAUCGUCGAAGAAAAGGGACGCAUUGUCUUGAGCGGCAUGCGCGAGGAAAUCGUCACGGCGCCUAGUGAGGUAAUGGCCCUGCUCGAGCGGGGCCAAGCGGCCCGCCAUGUGGGCGCCACAGACUGGAACACACGGAGCAGUCGGAGCCACUGUGUAUUUCAGAUCACGAUCGAGAGCCGCGAGCAGAGCGAGGACGCUCACCGCGAGGUGCGCGUGAGCCAGCUGAACCUCAUUGACCUGGCUGGCUCUGAGCGGGCCGCCACGGAGAUGGCGCGACGCAAGGAGGGCGCCUUUAUCAACAAGUCGCUGUUGACACUAGGCACGGUGAUUGCCAAGCUCACCGAGACACAGACGGGCGCGGAUGCGCAUAUCCCCUACCGAGACUCGAAGUUGACCCGCUUGCUGCAGACGUCGUUGAGCGGCGAUGCGCGUGUCGCGGUGAUUUGUACCAUUACGUUGAGCCGCUCACAUGCGGCCGAGACACUAUCGACGCUCAAGUUUGGCCGCCGCUGCAAGAUGGUCGUGACCAAGGCGCAGCGACACACAGAGAUCAACGACAAGGCGCUCCUCGAGAAAUACCGCCAGGAGCUGGACAUGCUCCGUUCGCAGCUGGCGUCUACAGGUCAGAGCGAGCCGACCUCGCCGCUCUGUACGCCGACCAAACGCGAUUGGGCGGCGCUGAGUGAGGAGCGCGCGGCGGCUGAGCAAGAAGUGGCGCGAAUGCGCGAGACGCGGCGGGACCUGCGGGAGCAGAUUGACCACCUUACUCGACUCAUCCUCACAAGUCGGUCUGUGGCGGCUGAGACGCCUGCACGCGCCAUGUCCAGCGGCUCUGACGUGUUUGCAUCGCCGGCGCGCCGCGGGCCGCGCAUGAGCGACCUUCCCGCGCGCUUGGCGCCGGGCGCCGGCGACGCGGAAGUCACACAGCUGCGGCAGGAGCUGGCACAUCUGCGCAUGGCGCACGAGGCGGAGCGGCAUGACCAGCAGCGGCGCAUUGAGGGGCUCGAGACGGAGGUGCGCCUUCUUGAGGAGGCAGCGCACACCGCGCACCAGCGGAACCGGGGCGCGGAGCGCGAGCUUGUGCGCCUGCGUGAGGAGCAUGCGACGGAUGAAGCCCACCGCGAGUUCCGCGAGCUCGUCUCAGCGCGCCCAUCGCCCGAGUUGCGCCCGCACACGGAUUCGGUGCAUUACGAGGCGCGUAUUGCCGCGCUAGAGCGCGCGCUCGCGGAAGAGAAGGCGAUGCGCGACUUGACGUCGCUGCCGGAGCGCCCGCUCGCGCUACCUAUGCAGGCGCGGGGCGGCAUGACGCCGCCCUGCGUGCCGCUGCGCUCGCGCUCGACGGGCGGCAGCCCCAGGCCGGGGGCUAGCGACAACGUCGAGGUGCUGCAGCGCCAGGUGGAGCAGCAACAGGCUCUCAUUGCGUCCCUGGCCCAGAGUGUGCUGGGCUGGGAGGCACGUGUGAAGCAGCAGGCGAGCCUGAUUGCGAAGCUGGCCGAGCUCGUCAGUGGCGACGCUGACGAGGGCGAGGAGGCGCUGGCGCCCCCAGCCCCGCAGGCCCGGCCGCGCCACAGCGGUAUCCGGCCGAGUGAUGUGGUGCAAGGCAAGGUGAGUGUGGGCGACGCCGAGGCCCAGCGGCGCCUUACACACGAGCGACCGAGCCAGGAUCUCGAUACCCAGGCCCACGCCGGCAAGGUCGGCGCGAUGGCCAAGGCCCUGGAACGGCCACGCUCCGCCCAUGCGAGCGAAGCCUCGAGCCCGGCCAUGGGCAGCGGCGACGGCGCGCGAGCGUGCCUCAGCGAGUCGCCGCAGCCAGUGGAACAGAGUCGCAUGCCGCCGGACGUGCCGCCCAUGGAGCCGGAGAUCCAUGUGCCGCGUGCUGUGCGGCCCGAGCCGCGCACGGCCACGCUGCCUGCGCGCACCCUGCCGAUGCCGCCCGGGGGCCCGACGCGCACGCUGCCGAAGCCACCGAGCACGCACCAUGUGGCGGCGCUGCGGGCCUCGCUGCAGGCGCCCUCUGAGCCGCGCACGGCGCGUGCGGCCUUGCCGCAGCCAGUGGAGCGCAAACGGCCGGCGCCCUCGCCGCCCCAGGUGGCAGCCGUGCUACCGGCGGCGCCGGAGCCACCGAGCAAGCGGUCUGCGGCGCCCGACACGCAUACCAGGCUGCGUGCGCGCAUGUCAGCGUAUGCGGCGGCGACCGAGCCGGCGGGACCGCCGCGUACGUCGCCACGAGCCGCGAUGCCGCUCAAGCCGGCGCAGUCGAUGAUGCAGCUCUCGACGGAGCGUCGCUCGCGCGAUGCGGCCAUUCUGCGCGAGCUGAAUGAGCUCAAGUCGAUGCCGCGUGUUGAGAGCAGUCGUGUGAUGUACAUGCCGCCGGCUCUGCCCUCCGACCUAACGCAUACGCGCCUAUCAGCCGCGGCGUACAAGACGGACGCGAGUGCAUACUACAUAUAG